AUGCGGUGUGACAUGAGUAUGUCCUUGUAUAGGGCAAGGACGUGCCUGGUGAAGGGCGCGAUCUGGCCCCAGACCUCGGAAAACCCCGAUCGUGUCCAGGAAAACCCCGAUCGUGUCCAGGAAAACCCCGAUCGUGUCCAGGAAAACCCCGAUCGUGUCCAGGAAAACCCCGAUCGUGUCCAGGAAAACCCCGAUCGCUUCCAGGAAAACUCCGAUCGUGUCCAGGAAAACCCCGAUCGUGUCCAGGAAAACCCCGAUCGUGUCCAGGAAAACCCCGAUCGUGUCCAGGAAAACCCCGACCGCUUCCAGGAAAACCCCGAUCGUGUCCAGGAAAACCCCGAUCGUGUCCAGGAAAACCCCGAUCGUGUCCAGGAAAACCCCGAUCGUGUCCAGGAAAACCCCGAUCGCUUCCAGGAAAACCUCGAUCGUGUCCAGGAAAACCCCGAUCGUGUCCAGGAAAACCCCGAACGUGUCCAGGAAAACCCCGAACGUGUCCAGGAAAACCCCGAUCGUGUCCAGGAAAACCCCGAACGUGUCCAGGAAAACCCCGAUCGUGUCCAGGAAAACCCCGAACGUGUCCAGGAAAACCCCGAUCGUGUCCAGGAAAACCACGAUCAAUGA